GCUAAAAACUUCUUAGACUCUUCAUUAUCAUCUUUCUAUCUCCACAUUUUCCUACUUUUUUCAUCUCUCUAGUUUGCUUCUUCCUUGGCUUUUGAUUAUCUGCUGCUCCAUAUUAAUUCUCCAGCUUAUUUAUUCUUUAAAAUAUAUUGAUUUUAUGGACAAAGGAUGGGGUCUUACCCUUGAAAGUUCUUCUGAUAAAGUAGGUUUUUUCAAGAACAAGCCUUUUUUUGGUUUUAACUUAAGCCCAAGAUUGAACAAUAUCAAGGGUGGUGAAAUGUUUUCCGGAGCCGAAUUUCCGGCUGACGAGAAACGGCCGGGCAUGGUUAAUGAAGUUGACUUCUUCUCUGAGAAGAAGUCUAUUCAUGAUGUCGUUGUAAAGAAGGAGAAUUCUCAGGGUAAUAAUACUAUGAGGACUGAUUUGUUUGUACAUACUGGUUUGCAACUUGUGACUGCAAAUACUGGAAUUAGUGAUCAAUCAACAGUAGAUGAUGGGAUUUCAUCAGAAGUUGAAGAAAAAAGAACUAAAAAUGAGCAGUUGGCACAAUUGCAAGUUGAGCUGGAAAGGAUGAAUACUGAAAAUCAACGUCUAAAAGGGAUGCUUACUCAAGUUACCAACAGUUAUUCUGCACUUCAGAUGCAUCUUGUUACCCUCAUGCAACAGCAACAACAGCUGAUUUCAAGAACUGAAAGUCCACAUAACCAUGAGGUUGUUGAAGUGAAGUCUGAAGAGAAGAAUCAAGAAAAAGAUGGGGACAUAGUUCCAAGACAAUUCAUGGAACUAGGUCCAAGUAGUGCGAAAGCUGAUCCAGUGGACGAGCCAUCUCAAUCUCAUUCAACAUCAGAAGAGAGAACACAUUCUGGAUCACCUCGUAACAAUAUGGAAAUGUCAAGAGAUAAGGCAAUUGGCAGGGAAGAAAGCCCAGAAUCUGAGAGUUGGGUUCCCAACAAGGUUCCUAAAUUGAUGAAUUCCUCAAAACCUGUUGAACAAACAACAGAAGCAACCAUGAGGAAAGCUCGUGUUUCUGUCCGUGCCCGAUCAGAAGCUCCCAUGAUAAGUGAUGGUUGCCAGUGGAGAAAAUAUGGUCAGAAGAUGGCAAAAGGUAAUCCAUGUCCACGAGCUUAUUAUCGUUGCACCAUGGCUGUUGGUUGUCCAGUGCGCAAACAGGUGCAAAGGUGUGCUGAGGACAGAACAAUCUUAAUAACAACAUAUGAAGGUACACAUAACCACCCACUACCACCAGCAGCCAUGGCUAUGGCAUCCACCACUUCAGCAGCAGCAAACAUGUUGCUGUCUGGUUCAAUGCCAAGUGCUGAUGGUUUAAUGAAUACAAAUUUCCUAGCAAGGACCAUUCUUCCAUGUUCAUCAAAUAUGGCAACUAUUUCAGCAUCAGCUCCAUUUCCUACUGUAACAUUGGACCUUACUCAAAAUCCAAAUGCAAUGUCUAAUUAUCAUCAAAGAAAUCCAGCUACACAAUUCCAAGUUCCUUUACCAGCUGGUCUUAAUCAUCCGAAUUUUGUUGGUUCAAUGUCAGCUCCACAAAUGCCUCAGGUUUUGGGCCAGGCUUUGUAUAACCAAUCAAGAUUUUCAGGUUUACAAGUCUCUCAAGACAAUAUUCACCACCCCUCAUUUUCUGAUACACUUUCCGCCGCCACGGCCGCCAUCACUGCCGACCCCAACUUUACUGCCGCCCUUGCCGCCGCCAUCUCCUCCAUCAUCGGUGGUUCCCAUCCGAACAAUGGCAACAACCCCACGUCCGGUCCCACAAGCAAUAGCAACAAGACUAGCAGUUUCUCAGGGAACUAAUAAAGGAAAUAAUAUCAGCAUAUUAUUUUCUUUUGUAAACUUGCUGUCAAUUACCAAUAGUCUUCUUUAUCCAUUUUUUUUUUGGUCUUUUUUUUUUUUUUUUUUUGUAUUAUCCCUUUCUUAGGACAUUAGGGGCUGAAACUUGGAAAGAAUUUACAUGUUCAUACCUUUUUGCUUGUAUUAUUAUCUGGGGGGAAAAGGGAAACUUAAGUUAUUUUCAUUCUUUCAUUCUGAUUUUGGACUUUGGGUAUACACACAAAAGCAAAGGCAAUGUACGUAGUUACUUAAUUAUAUCAUCUUCUGUUUCUCGUACUUUGGAUUAAA